CUUGUGAUAGUUAGUGUCAAAAAUUCUUGUACGGAUACGGACUGGGGACAGAUUUGUUGACAAUUGCAUUUCGAGCAAGCCCGUUGUGUGAAAUAAACAUAGCUGGUUGUCGAGUUCGUUGUGACUGCAGUGAGAUACAGUUUUUUUUGGAAUUGUGUCUGGCCGCCUGUUUCAAACCACAUCAGAAUAAUAAAAUUGAAGAAAACACCUUCCGUCACUGAGAAGCAAACCCGAAGAGUCUGGGUAAAAUCGACUACUGACACAUUUACCCUGAAAAAAUGAGUGGAAGAUCACAAAUGGCAGCGAUGAAUGGGAAGAGACCAUCCGCCAUUCCUGCUAGGCUACAGCCAGAGCCUCCAGCGCAGCAUGAUGCCCUGAUAAAAUAUAUCUACGACUCAUGGAAUAGUGUCUCGAGAGAACUGGAUAUGUGCCACCAGCAACGCAACAAUGUACAUUAUCGACAUGGAGCAUUUGUUACAUACUACCAGGAGCAAACACCCAAUCCCCAGCUCAAAGACUUCGAGCCGUUCAACUUGGAAGCUUGGUGGGGACAACGCGUCGUCCAGAGCAUCACUAGGAACGCGACCUCCUAGUGCCAGGCCCCACGUGAUCAUCGGACCUUUUCUCACAGGCAUAAGAAACAGAAAAGAUAAAUAAUGUCAAAGAAAUAGUUUAAAUAAUUAUGGUCAAACGAAGAUUUUUAAAUUUGCGAUGCUUGAAGUAGUGAUUAUUUGUAAAUGGAAGUAAGGUAAGGGCCUACCAAGUUCAACUGUAAUGUCAGGUAGACCCCUACUUAAGGUAGCGCUGCUGUCAUAUUUAAUGACAACGUCAAAUGCCUAUGACUUUACCCACGGAUUUUUGACAUCGCACGUGAAAGACUUAUUAUCCGAAACGAUGAAAUCGCAAUUCAAAUUUUGAAUUAUCGCUGCGUCAGUUUUCCAGUGCGUAAAACUUUCCGAUUAGCCGAUAUAAUUCACAUCUGUUGCACUAAAAACUAUUCAAGAGGGAGGGGACUUACCGAAUUAAAAUACGGAGAGGGCAGGUUUGAUGUUGACAUGAUACGGCGAACUGAUAUAAUUGAAUUCUGAUUAAUUUGUAUUAUGACUUGCCCAUGCAUUAGGAUGAAAGAUUAUCAUUUACCAAACUGAUUUCAGAGGAAAUCGUACAUUUUGUCGAUUUUGACACGGAUAACUAUCAGCUGCGUUUUCAAAAUUAGUAUGCAUGUACCGUAAUUUAUAACGAGACAGUUUGAUAUGCGUUGGGUCAAAAACUGCAAUUCAGAAAUGCGAGACGAUGAAACUUGGACUGAAUUGUGUAAUGAAUAUCUGAUUUUAAUCGCCACAUCGAUUUUAAUUAUCAUCUUACUUGCCUCGCUGCAAUUAGACUAUACGACUUCUUAUGUUACUACGAAACUGAAAAAAAACUACAUAGAACGAGUUUCUGAUGCGUUUUAGUUGGAUGUACCAGCCCUUGACGUGUGCGUCUUGACUGAUAUGAAAUUAGUGUAGACGCCAUGGCGACACAGAAGUAUUCUUAACAAUUGACCGCUUUCUUUCACAGUAGAUUAAUCACAACAUAAUUGUAACAAGCUUGCAAUUUAUAACAAUCCCUGGUAGACGCGUCGACUUUCAUAUCGUGGUUCAAAUCGUUUGAUCAACAAUAGCGAGAUAUAACUGAUGGCAGUUCCAAUGAAAGUCCAUGCCAUGGAUUCGGAAGCACUAAACACUCAGCUCGAUUAGCAAUUAUUCGAAUUGGGUAAAAAUAAAAUCUGAUAUGAAAGCAAAUGCAGGAUUACUGUGAGGGUGCUCUACGUACAUAUUAUAUCAUAUUCAACGGUAUCCAAAUUACAAAUACGACAGGACAUAAAAAUAUACUGCACUUUGUUACUUUCACUUUACGUUAUUACUCGGAUUUCAUACGUUCCGAGUUCAGUGACCCUACGCAACGCUAACCCAACGCUAGAUCUUAGUGUUUGAACGAUAUAGUCGAGGAUAUAGUCUUCAUCACGUGGCAAUACACUGCCCAAUUUUUUCCCAACUACAAGUAAUUAAUUUUCAUGGAACCGUAAAAUUAAUUUUCAUGGUUCCAAAUUUUUAGCGGCGUGUCAUCCAGUGACGUUAGUAGAAUUAAUUUAACGACUUUGUAAAGCUUUUUUUAAACGGUCAUCGAUAAUGAGUCACGUUUAGGAUUAAACAGUGGUCAUGGAUUAGAAGUUUUUUGCUCCCUUUAGUUUUUCACCCCCUAAAUAUUAUGAACCUUUUUUCUUCUGUUAACUUGAUGUUAUCACUUAUCGAUGAUUGGUAAAAAAAAGCUUGUGUGCGUUUGAAAAAAAAGAAAUGACAUUCCUCAAUUCUACUGAUUAAGAGUGGGUUUCACGCAAUUUUCGUCGGUGCCCCAAAUAUUACGGGAAGUCCGAACCGCAAAAGCUCGCUAAUGGCUACGACUUUUGAAGAGACUAAGAAUUUUUCUUGUAAAUUCAUUUGUAUUCUAAUUGUGGAAUGUUUUUGUACGUUGAUAUUAGGGUAGUCCUUAACAGGGUUGUUUUCGAAUUUUGAUGCUCCCAGGGGCUCAAACGCUCCCAAAUAAAUUUAAAGAAAUUUCCUGAAAAUCUGGGCUUUUAAUAUCAACUCUAAGAUAGUCCUCACUGCCACCGAAGUUUCUUAUGGAAAUAACAGGAGAAUAACAUGUUUUGUUCUUUGACAUUUUAUAGGUCGUUGACAAAUAUAUAGAAAAUUAUGGAAAUUCAUAUUGUAAUAGCCAAUUCAACGCUCUACAAAAAAAAUCUCUUAUGAUUUUUCGCCAAAUCGACUGGUUCAAAAGUUAUUCUGAUGAUAAUUUUAUAUAAACUGAACUUUGACCUCGAAUUCGACUUUCUUUGAAUUUAUUUGGAAGCGUUUAAGUCCCUGGGAGCAUCGAGAUUCGAAAACGACCCUGUUGAGGACCACCCUAGUUGAUAUACAUAUAUCUAUAUAAAAUAUGUCUAUAUGAAACGUAAUGAAAACAGAAAAUAUUAUAAUAAUGAGAAUGACAGAGUUAUUUAUUAUCACUGACAUAUACAUGGUAUAAUAUUGUAUUAUACAAAUGUACACACAGACACAUAUACACAUGCCAAUGUAUAUGUAUAUAUAAUAUUAUAUACAGUUAUACAUACAUAAAUUAAUCAUUCGUAGUUUUAGAGAUGAUAGGUAUACACAUAAAAAAAAAUAUUGAGUAUGUAUACCUCAUAUCAUCAAUAGUUUUCUAAACGUCAUGUCUUUAGAUAUUUUUGUAUUUAGCAAAAUGUUGUGUCAGAUUUGAAUCUAUCUAUUUGAAUAGAUGAAUGGAAAAAACAAUAAUGAAAAAGACAAUUCUCUAUUUCUUCGUUCGCAAUUAAUUUUGUGAAAAUUUACCAGCGUUUUUUCUCCUGAUAUGGAAUAAAUUCAAUUAACAUUAGUCUUAAGCUUACCAAUUGAUUGAGUACAGCAGAAAAUUUCGCUACUUACUUUUCGAAUGAUCACAUUUUGAUUAUACGUAUAAAUAGAUGAAUCGAGUGUUUGGAUUUUCCAACAGUAAAAUUCUCGUCACGCACACGAUUUAAUUCGCUAUUAUUGUGCUGUGGCAGUUUUAAUUUAACUAAUUUCAUAAAUUAUGACGGUUUAUCGGGUUGUGCAGAAUUUCACUUGAGCACAUACUCACGAAAAUAAAAUGUAAUAUUAUUAUUGUAUUAAAAGUACAUGGGAUAGCGCACGAUCGGUAGUAUACAGUCUAAAUUUUACCAAUCACAAUUCUAACAAUAAAUAAUGUAGUUGUAAUAGUUACAAUAACAAGAAAAAUGAUAACAAUAACAUAAUUAAUAGAUUUAAUAAUAAUCACAAUAAUAAUAAUAACAGUUCAAGUACCUAAUUCA